UGUUUUAAACAAAUUGAAAUACGCGUAAAAUCGCAUAAAACAACUGCGGCAUUUGUAAAAUAUAUGAUAAUUUAAUAAAACAAACGUUACAAUGUGUUGGCAAUAAAGUGUGUGUGUUUGUGCUAUUUGGCAAGGCUUGGUCUUAGCCUGCCUUUUCGGCCCAAAACAAGUAAUUCGCAAAAACAGUCGCAACGAAGCUGCAAUGCGCUGCACUUGAGUGAGUGAGAAGGCAAGAUUGAGGUAUUGUGCAAACACAGUGCUAAUCAUCAGCAAAACUCCCGACUAAUACUCACCUAUGCUCUGCCAGUCACAUACUUCUAACCACAUUUAAUCACCAAAUAAACGGCAAAUGCGAUUGCAAAAAUCCAUAAGGCAACCAACAUUCAUUGAUACAAAGACCGCGUGUUUCUCGCGUAGCGCCCAGCAGCAGCAGCAAAUACCAGGGACAGGCAUGCAAAACAACGCUGUCGACAACUGUCGAUAAUUUAUCGACUGUCUGCAUUAUCGCGCAAGGACCGCUCGCUGAAAACUUUUGCAAGUGGGUGGAUGCGGUCGUGUGGUUGGUGUGAAAAAAGUGCGUGCGAAAUUUGUUUAUACUCGAAUUCAGAGUCAGCUGCAAUAAUUAGAUAACUCGUUGCGAUAAAUGGCCGCCGUACGAGUGACGCAGCGGCAGGCACAGUAAACAAAUGGGCGACAGGACAUAGCACCUUGUGCCGUAUGGCCUUAUAGAAAGUGUCAGAGUGUUUUCCCCCUAUUAACCAAAUCGAGUUAUGUGUUAACUAUUAAUAAUAAGGCAGAACUGUUGUUUUAGUCUGUGUGAUAGUCCUUUAAUCCUUUCGGGGCACGGCUAUAGUGUUUCCGUUUUUGCCGCCGCCCUCUGGUUUUCUGUGUGUGUCACAUGACGGCCGCUCUUUGAUUGUCGGCAAUCAAAAUUCUCCGAAUCCUUCUAAAUUUUUAGAUGAUACCUAUGCCGGAUCUGCUCAGUUAGUUUAACAUUAGCAUAGCCAUCAUGUCCAACAACAAUCAUCCGCACGGUCAUUUGAGUCAAGCGGCACAGAAUCCCUCAUGGAAUCCCCUGCAAAUACCUUCGUAUAUACCGCGACAACCACAAUUGGCACACAUGUCCAACGAACGGUCGCUGGUCCGCUCCCCGCUGGCCUGGCAUGCGUCCGCCCAGCCGCCACCACCGCCGCCGCCAGAUGCCAUUUACAAUUUUAUGUCGGCCAAUCAUAAAAACCUGGACCAUCAUCAUCAAAUGAAUCCGUUGCUGGCGCCGCCAUAUACUGGAACAUUGCCCUUUGACUCCAUGGAUUUGUCGCUGCAAUCAAGUCGCAGCGCUGCGCCCACGCUGAAUAAAACUGGCCAACAACAACAGCAGCAAGCACAACAACAACAACAACAACAGCAGCAACAACAACAGCAGCAACAACAACAACAGUCGCAUUUGCAUGCACCAACUAAUUAUCCAACGAUACACAAUUUGACCACAAAUACGCCCGCAGGCGUCCAGCAAGGACAUCUGCCGGGCAUGCCAGCAUCGACAUCGCCUGCCAGCGCUGCCAGCAAAUAUUUGAAUGCAAAUGGCGCUGGCCCGGCCGAUUGCGAGUCGCUGUUGCCGCCCCCGCCAAGUACCCCGCCCAACAAUAACAAUCACAACAACAACAGCAGCAACAGUGGCAGUGGCAGUGGCAGCAACGCCAACAACAACAGCAGCAGCAACAACAAUGUGCCGCCGCCCCAUUACAUGCAGCAUCGUGACGAAAACUUUAAGCUGACGCAGCUCAAGAGCAUGCAAAAGAGCGCCGAGUUGAGCGGUAAGGACUGCGGGUAUACGGGCGCUACUGGCAAGCUGGCCACGCACAACAUGCAACAGCAGCAGCAGCACGCCAAAAAGCCCUCGCCGCUGCGCAACUAUCAUCAGCAACAGCAGCAGCAGCCGCCAUAUAACAUGACGCCGCCAAAAUACAAUGGCCCGCAGACGCCACCAACGCCUCAGUCGCCGCUGGACUACAAUCAGCUGCAUUUGCAUCAUCAGCUGCACGCAAGCGUCGGCAGCUAUGCGCCACAGCAGCAGCAACAGCAGCCACCGCAACACAUGCAGCAGGAGCAACAGCAGCAACAUUUGCAUUAUGCACCACCAACAACGCACCAUAACCAGCAUCUAGCACCACCACCACCGCCGCCGCUGUCUCACAUGACGAGCGCACAAUUUCAGCAGCGGCAGCAACCGCUACUGCAGCAGCAGCAACAGCCUGCGCCGCCGCACCAAACGUCACAAAUGCAUUCCCGCAAUACGCAAUUAACGAAUCUCGAUAUGCUGUCUAAGCACAAGCCAGAAGAGCAGCAACAGCAGUCGGCACAAGAAGAGUCACAAACGAUAAUUACCGAUCUGUCCACAACGGCCUCAUAUCGCAGUAACAAUGCGCCGCUGCCGCCGCCAGUUGGCGAGGACAAACAGCUAACCGAGGCGCCCGAAUCGCCGUACAUGACUACCUCCAAUGAGGAAUCGCUGGAGUCCAAUAGCAAUAGCAGCAAUAGUCGGAAGCGGCGAAAGCGCAAAGCCAGCCAGGUCAUGCGCCUGACGCCCAGCGACAAUGUGAAAAGGCAGCGCACCCCGAGCCCGCUCAGCAACAGCUGCAGUCCCAAGCACUCGCCCAAGAAUGGCGCCGAUGUGCACGAGUUUCAGCCAUUCGCGCUGAAGGAACAGCAGCAGCCCGAGCUGCCCCAGGAAAAUGGACGAUCAGUGUCGCCGCCAGCUGCGGCUGCAGCUGAUAAUAGCAAUAGCUCCACAGUGUACAACGACUCGGACAAUCCCAAGACUAAGAAGCAGCGACAGGCGCUGCUUCAACGCAAUCUCACAGAGCAACAACAGCAGCAGCGUCGCCAGAUUGAGGAUGAGCUGCAGGACCAGGACCAGCAGCAGUUGCCCGCGACAAAAGCAGCUAAGGAGGCACUAGUGCAGCCGCCAAGUCCGCAGAGCAAUAGCAGCAGCAGCAGCUCGAGCAGCUCCAGUGCGGCCACGCACAGCAGCCAUAGCAGUCGGACCAGUGAGGUGCCGCCAGUCAAAGAGCAACAGGAACAACAGCAGCAGCAGCAGCAGCAGCUGGACAAUAACAAGGCCAUCACAGACACGCCCGCAUCCCCAGCGCUGGUAGAGCAGGGUGACAUUGAUGCUAAGCCCGCGGUAAGCGUGCAUGACGAUGAGGAUGAAGUAGAGUCGCCAGCUGGAAAACAAUCGCCCGCAGUAGCAGCAACAGCGACACCAGCAACAAAUGCAACAGCAGCUGCCACCACAGAGCCCUGCCAUUUUAACGAGGUGGAGGAUAAGCUGGAGAAAAUGUUUGCGGGCAUUGAAGACGAGCCCGCCGAGCAAGCAGAUGAGCCGCCGAGCGUAGAAAAACAAGCAGUCCGUGCAGAGCAUGACCUUAGCGCACAAUUAGCUUUAGACAGUGGUGCACAGGUCAAAGCUGUGGUGCAGGAAAAACCUGUAGCUAGCACACCACCAGCUGCGAGCACGCCGACGCCGACGCCUGAACUGCGGCCCAUGGCAACCAAGGCGGCCAUGAAAUCGACGCUGCCCAGUCCCAUACACAGCCCCACUCCGACAGCAGAGCCGCUAGCCAAGGAGCACACAGAACAUACCCUAUCGCCGGCAGUGGCAGCAACGCCGCCAAGCGUCAAAAUUCCGCCGAGAACGCCGCCGACGCGUUGUCUGCCGCCGCGGCGACUUUCUAUGGGCAUGGAUCCCUCGCUGCUGCGAUUUACCAUAGAGGAGCAGGUGAAGCCCAAGAAAACGCCAGUGCGCAAGAAGCAGCCGGCGGUGGUGACGCCUCCGGUAACGGAAAUUGUGCAGCUGGACAGCGAUGAUGACAAGCCCAGCACCUCAGCCGCGGCAGCAGCUGCGCUGGCGGCACGCAAGCUCAGCGAAGCGGCUGUGGCCAAAACGCUAGCACCUAAGGCGAGCAAUGGGAAUGCCAACAACAAGAAAAAGAACAAGAAGAAUGCGCCCAAGGGCAAGAAGGCAACGGGCAAGAACGGCGCUAAGCAGAACGUUGGCAAAAAAGGUGUCGCCGGCGGCGCACGCAAAAUUUUCAGCACCGACGAGGACAGCACACCGGCGCCCAAUCGUGAGAGCAACAAUGGUGCAGCUCCAGAUCUCAGGUUUAAAUCGCCAUUCAUACUGAUCAAGCCCGAUGGCAGCAUAAGCAUUAAGAACACGCACAGCGCCGAGGAUGUCAACGAGAAGCAGACGAAGAAGAAGCACACAAAGGCGCCCCAUGAACGCAAAAAUCUGCGCGGCAUGCACAGCUCAACGUUAAGCAAUCGCUACGAUGCGGACACCACCGACUCGAGUUGGAUAUGCGUGUUCUGCAAGUGCGGACCGCACAAGCUGGGGCUGGGUGAUCUCUUCGGGCCCUAUCUGGUUUCCAUAGACUGUGAGGAGUAUCGAACGGCAGUGCAGGUGCCAGCGGGCGUGCACGACAUCGAUGGGCUAUUUGUGAGCAAACGCAAGCGCGCCGACAUGGUCAAGGUGCAGGAGCGCAAUCUGCCCGUGGUGCCCGCAACGCUAGCGAACAUUAUGCAGGCGCCCAAGAUAACCAUGCACAAACGCAAACGCAAGCAAACCCACGACAGCGUCUACUCCUGCAGUGAUGAUCCAAACGAAUCGCAGUGCUCCUCGCAGGAUCCGCUCGACUGCAGCCACGAGGCCAAGUUCGUUGAAACGUUUCGCGGCAUGUCGAAGACAUCCGAGCAUUGCUACGAGAUUUGGCUGCACGAAGAUUGCGCCGUCUGGGCCAAUGAUAUACAACUGAUUGGCGCCCAUGUGAAUGGACUGGAUGCGGCCGUGUGGGACAGCACGCGGUAUCAGUGCGUCCAUUGUGCACAGCCCGGCGCCAAUGUGUGCUGUUUUCAACGCACCUGCAAGGCAGCGGCGCAUGUGCCCUGCGCCCGUGUCGCCAGCUGGAGCCUGAGCGAGCAGGAACGCAAAGUGUAUUGUCAGCUGCAUGUGCCACUAAAGGCAAUCACAACGACAGCAGCAGCUGCAACAGCAGCAACAGUAGCGGUGGCUGCAACCAUACCAGCUAGCGUAGUGGAGCCACCGCCCACACUAAACAUCAAUUCGCUUCCCUGAGUACGCGUGCGAGUGCAGAAAUGUCGUCUAGACGUCAAGCGUUGAGCGCACGCUAAUAGCUCGGAUAUAUGAAGCGAGGCCAGCGACUGCAUCAUAAAAAUUACCUACUUAAGCCGGCAGCUGCCUGUUUUGUAUAUAAUCAUUAAAUGGCUUAAACGAGACUGGAUGCAGGCAGCAGCUGCUGCUGUUGAUUCUCUUGACCUUGUCCUGUUGCUGUUUGUGUUCUAUAAUCCUUUUAAAACUUAAAACUUGUGUAUAAAGAUUACUGUACAUUUUAUGUAGACGCUGUGGGCGACAGUUUUAAUGAUAGUUUCUAAAUUCGAUAUAUAUAUAUAUAUAUAUAAUUACUUAUAUAUAUAUUUUUAGUUGUUUAUCUAUUAUUUAAAUUAUUAUUAUUAUUUCGAUUAUAUAUAUAUGUACACUUAUAUAUAUAGUACUUAUUAAAUAGGUAAUUUAGUUGUAGUUAUGUUUACAAUGCAAAUACUUUACAUAGCCUGUUUUAAGUUUUACUGCGCAUAUCCUUUUGCUGAUCCAGCACAUCACAAAUUGUUUAUUUUAUUCUUGUUCAUGCUAAUCUAUUUACUUUAUGCAUAUGCCAAUUGAUAAUUUAGUUCAAUUUUUGUAUGUAUAAAACGAAUACUCCAUGCCAUAACGUUUAAUUAUAUUUAUAAUGAUAAUAAUUAUAAUGAUGAUGAUGAUUAUAUAUAUGCAUUGUGCACAGCAUUAAAUUAAGCUAAGCAUAUAACCACAAAUAGAAAAUGUUUGACACCAAUUAAAAGCAAAGGCAAAAACGAAAAGCUGAAAAAUAAAUAACGCAAAGAAACAAACAACAUUCGAAAACUAUUCAAAAUGGAAUAUUGUAAAACAAUAUAAAUCAAUAAUAAUAAUAAUAAUAAUAUUAGCUACAUGUAAAACUAAAACAUUGUAUUGUAUUUGUAUUCAUUAAUAAUAAGAAACAAUUCUAAACACUUUAAACAAUAAAACUUAAUCUCACCAUGAAA